GAACAAAACAAUAACCUAUAAUAUAUAAUAUAUAUAAAUAACAAUAAACUUGUGUAAUGUUCAUUUGACAUGCAUAUGUUUUUCAGAUGGAUGGGAUUGAAAUGUUUUUCCAAUCUAAAGAUGUCAGUGGCGAUAACCAGAUGUACUGUGAUCAGUGUGAUGCUAAAACUGAUGCUACAACUGAUAUUGAAAUAAUACAUUAUCCUGAUGUUCUGAUGCUACAAUUGAAGAGAUUUAAGUUUGAAUACUAUCAAGGCAAUAUGGAUUUUCCCUACACAAUUCAAAUACAGAAUCAAAACUAUGAGUUGUAUGCAUUUGUGGAGCAUUUUGGAAAUCUGAAAAAUGGACAUUACACUGCAACGAUCAACUCCCAGGAUGAUGAGAAAUGGUAUAACUUCAAUGAUACCAUGGUCACACUGGCUGAAUACAAAUCAUCCCAGUGUCAUAGCACGCAAAAACCCAUGGUUAUCAGUCCUAUUGUGGCAGCGGUUCUGCGUCAGACCAUGUCGGCCACCACAAGGGUUCUCCUGCUGAUGACUGCUGCUACCAUGGGGGUUCUGCUUUGGAUGACAGCAGCCGCCACAGGGUUUCUGCGUCAAAUCAUGUCCACCACCACAAGGAUUCUCCAGCCGAUGACUGCUGCUACCACAGGCGUUCUGCCUCAGACGACAUCAGCGUCCUUAAACAUCAAGCGCGACAAGACCACUAGGUCCAAUCCUUCUUAUCUCCUUUUCUACAGAAAACAAAGUAAGAAGGCCAACACAGGGGUUCAGCAUCAGACGACGGGGGUUGUGCGUCAGACAUUGUCGAACGCCACUGGGGUUGUGCUUCAGACGUUCUCAGCCGCCACAGGGGCUUUGUGUCAGACUUUGUCAACCGCUACGGGAAUUGUGCGUCAGACGUCAGGCGCCUUGCGUCAGACGUUGUCCAACGCCACUGGGGCUGUGCGUCAGAUGUUGUCGAAUGCCACUGAGGUUGUGCAUCACACGACAGGGGCCUUGCGUCAGAUGUUGUCGAACGCCACUGAGGUUGUGCAUCAGACGACAGGGGCUUUGCGUCAGAUGUUGUUGAACGCCACUGAGGUUGUGCGUCAGACGACAGGGGCCUUGCGUCAGGCGUUGUCCAACGCCACUGGGGCUUUGUGUCAGACAUUGUCGAACGCCACUGGGGCUGUGCGUCAGACGUUGUCGAACGUCACUGGGGCUGUGCGUCAGAUGCCUUCAGCCGCCACUGGGGCCUUGUGUCAGAUGUUGUCGAACGCCACUGAGGUUGUGCGUCAGACGACAGGGGCCUUGCGUCAGAUGUUGUCGAACGCCACUGAGGUUGUGCGUCAGACGUUGUUGAACGCCACUGGGGCUGUGCGUCAGACGUUGUUGAACGCCACUGAGGUUUUGCGUCAAACGUUGUCAAACGCCACUGAGGUUGUGCGUGAGACGACAGGGGCUUUGCGUCAGAUGUUGUCGAACGCCACUGAGGUUGUGCGUCAGACGACAGGGGCUUUGCGUCAGAUGUUGUCGAAUGCCACUGAGGUUGUGCGUCAGACGUUGUUGAACGCCACUGAGGUUGUGCGUCAGACGUUGUCCAACGCCACUGGGGCUGUGCGUCAGACGUUGUUGAACGCCACUGAGGUUGUGCGUCAGACGUUGUCGAACGCCACUGAGGCUGUGCGUCAGAUGCCUUCAGCCGCCACUGGGGCUGUGCGUCAGACGUUUUCGAACGCCACUGAGGUUGUGCGUCAGAUGUUGUCGAACGCCACUGGGGCUGUGCGUCAGUUGUUUUCGAACGCCACUGAGGUUGUGCGUCAGACGUUGUCGAACGCCACUGGGGCUGUGCGUCAGAUGUUGUCGAGCGCCACUGGGGUUGUGCUUCAGACGUUCUCAGCCGCCACGGGGGCUUUGUGUCAGACUUUGUCAACCGCCACGAGAAUUGUGCGUCAGACGACAGGCGCCUUGCGUCAGACGUUGUCCAACGCCACUGGGGCUGUGCGUCAGAUGUUGUCGAAUGCCACUGAGGUUGUGCAUGAGACGACAGGGGCCUUGCGUCAGAUGUUGUCGAACGCCACUGAGGUUGUGCGUCAGACGACAGGGGCUGUGCGUCAGACGUUGUCGAACGUCACUGGGGCUGUGCGUCAGAUGCCUUCAGCCGCCACUGGGGCCUUGUACGUUGUUGAACGCCACUGA